UUGUUCGAGACCAUGGUAAAUGUCAAAACUUGUACUCAAACGAAAUACAUAUUAUUGAUAUCAGUAAAAUAUUCAUCAUUAAAAAGCAUUUAUCGGAAAAAUGUGUAAUAUUAUUGUUGAUUCUAUUCGCCAGUUGUGAAAAGGCGUUGACAAGCACUAUCGUGUUUUCAAUAAUUUGAAUAAAUACCUAUGAGUGUCCAUUUUACGAGCCAUGUCCAAUCACUAUGAAAUUCCGUCUUGGGCCGGAAAGCCGCCAACUGGACUACAUUUAGAUGUGAUGAAAGAUGAUAAGCUAAUUCAGAAACUUAUGAUAGAUGAGAAAAAAUGCUAUCUUUUCGGACGUAAUCCCCAGAUGAACGAUUUUUGUAUUGAUCAUGCGUCGUGUUCAAGAGUGCAUGCGGCUUUCGUAUACCACAAACAUCUCAAUAUUGCCUACUUGGUGGACCUAGGCUCAACACAUGGAACAUAUAUCGGUUCUGUUCGGUUGGAAUCACACAAGCCGACGCAGCUACAGAUUAACUCUCAAUUUCAUUUUGGAGCAUCCACUAGGCAUUAUAUGCUAAGAGAACGACCAACAGUUGGCUCGCGAUCAAACAUUAUGGAAGAUAUACCAAUGAUGGACACCAGUGAUGGAACGUAUUUAGGUCUACCAGAAAGUCAAACCGAACUGGAUAACUUGACAGAAUACAACACUGCUCACAACAGACGUAUUUCGAUGUUAGGUAUCGCGGAUGAGACUACUAGCUUCAAAAAGAAUAUGAAAAAUAAGCGCAAACGAAAAGGCGUGCAGUUUAAUGAAGACGAAAUCAUCAUCAAUCCUGAGGAUAUUGAUCCAAGUAUUGGACGCUUUCGGAACCUCAUCCAGUCGACAGUGGUUCCAGUUGCAGCAAAAAGGACAAAAUUCGACAUCAACUCUAUGGGUUUGUCGUCCUUACCAUCUUCUGGAAAAUCAAUUCAGCACACACAUAGUUUGGUACCAAGUUUGUACCAUGGUAUCGACGAUCACGUAAGUGAUAGUAGAGCUAAUGUAGGAGCAACUGCUACUCCUGGAUUUAGCUUCGACAUGGACACGACUCCUAGCGGAUUGACCUCAAAGUUAGGUAUUAUUUUACCCAAUCCGGCACCAGAUGUCAAUCCAAGUAGUGUGAGUUCCUCAAUGAUGCCACCUCCACUGUACAACACCAGCACUCCCAAGAACGUCAAAAUUGUUGAAAAUCCGGACGUAUCAGAUGAGCCGAAGAAGAAAAAAUACGCAAAGGAACAGUGGCCGGGACGAAAACCACUUGGAUUAGGAGGAUUUUAAAAAUCUUUUUGCAAAUAUGUAUGUUACAGUGAACAUUAUUCGGCU